AUGACGUGCGUCUGCACGUCUUGCGGCAGAGUGCCUGCUGCCUCGGUGCUGCCCUCCUCCUGGCCAAGGUCAGGCCAAGUUUUCUUUUCUCUUCCCCCAGUUUGCUGUUUUGUGGUUCACAAGAGGUGCCAUGAAUUUGUUACUUUCUCGUGUCCGGGUGCGGAUAAGGGACCCGACACCGAUGACCCCCGGAGCAAGCACAAGUUCAAAAUCCACACCUAUGGAAGCCCCACCUUCUGUGACCACUGCGGGUCGCUGCUGUAUGGACUCAUCCACCAGGGCAUGAAAUGCGACACCUGCGACAUGAACGUGCACAAGCAGUGUGUGAUCAACGUCCCCAGCCUCUGCGGGAUGGACCACACGGAGAAGCGGGGCCGGAUCUACCUGAAGGCCGAGGUCACCGAUGAAAAGCUCCACGUCACAGUCCAAGAUGCGAAAAAUCUAAUCCCCAUGGAUCCGAAUGGACUUUCAGACCCCUAUGUGAAGCUGAAACUCAUUCCCGAUCCCAAGAACGAAAGUAAACAGAAAACCAAAACCAUCCGCUCUACUCUCAACCCCCAGUGGAACGAGUCCUUCACGUUCAAAUUAAAACCUUCAGAUAAAGACCGACGACUGUCCAUAGAAAUCUGGGACUGGGAUCGGACAACACGGAAUGACUUCAUGGGGUCGCUUUCCUUUGGCGUUUCGGAGCUGAUGAAGAUGCCGGCCAGCGGAUGGUACAAGUUGCUUAACCAGGAGGAAGGUGAGUACUACAACGUGCCCAUUCCAGAAGGAGAUGAAGAAGGGAACGCGGAACUCAGGCAGAAGUUCGAGAAAGCCAAGCUCGGCCCCGCCGGUCACAGAGGCUACGGCCCUUCGGAAGACAGGAGACUUUCCAACAACCUGGACCGGGUGAAGCUUACCGACUUCAACUUCCUCAUGGUGCUGGGGAAGGGCAGCUUCGGGAAGGUGAUGCUGGCUGACAGGAAGGGGACAGAAGAACUCUAUGCCAUCAAAAUCCUGAAAAAAGACGUAGUGAUUCAAGAUGACGACGUGGAGUGCACCAUGGUGGAGAAGCGGGUCCUGGCCCUGCUCGACAAGCCCCCGUUCCUGACGCAGCUGCACUCCUGCUUCCAGACAGUGGACCGGCUGUACUUCGUCAUGGAAUACGUCAACGGCGGGGACCUCAUGUACCACAUUCAGCAAGUAGGAAAGUUUAAGGAGCCACAAGCAGUAUUCUAUGCAGCGGAGAUUUCCAUUGGGCUGUUCUUUCUUCAUAAAAGAGGAAUCAUUUACAGGGACCUGAAGCUGGAUAAUGUCAUGCUGGACUCCGAGGGGCACAUCAAGAUUGCUGACUUCGGGAUGUGCAAGGAACACAUGAUGGACGGCGUCACGACCAGGACCUUCUGCGGGACCCCAGAUUACAUCGCCCCGGAGAUAAUCGCUUACCAGCCGUAUGGGAAAUCCGUGGACUGGUGGGCCUACGGCGUCCUGCUGUACGAAAUGCUGGCUGGGCAGCCUCCGUUUGAUGGCGAAGACGAAGACGAGCUGUUUCAGUCUAUAAUGGAGCACAACGUUUCCUACCCGAAAUCCUUGUCCAAGGAGGCCGUUUCCAUCUGCAAGGGGCUGAUGACCAAACACCCAGGCAAGCGGCUGGGCUGCGGGCCCGAGGGAGAGCGGGACGUGCGAGAACACGCCUUCUUCCGGAGAAUCGACUGGGAGAAACUGGAGAACAGGGAGAUCCAGCCGCCCUUCAAGCCCAAAGUGUGUGGCAAAGGAGCGGAAAACUUCGACAAGUUCUUCACGCGAGGGCAGCCCGUCUUAACACCUCCCGAUCAGCUGGUCAUCGCUAACAUAGACCAGUCUGAUUUCGAAGGGUUCUCGUAUGUCAACCCCCAGUUUGUGCACCCCAUCUUACAGAGCGCAGUAUGA